ACAAAUUGGAGUUCAUGUUUACUACCUAGUUUUAUGACCACCUUUUUUGACAGAGUAUGGCUUCAGGACAAAGAAAGCGACCUGCCCGUAUUCCACCGCACAAAGUGGCAAAGAAUUGGUGUGUCUUGGGCAAAGACCAGAGUGGAUUUACCAAGACAUUUAUCAAAGAUGAUAUAGGAUAUGGCCUUGUGACCACAAGACCCUUUUUCAAGGGAAACUUUCUUCUGGAGUACCGUGGAGAUCUGACCAUUGCUCCUGAUGAAGAUGAAGAGAAUGUGGACUAUGUUUUCCAUUUUUCUCACAAUAAUACAAAGUAUCGUAUUGAUGCGUCAGAGGAAGAUUCAUGCCUGGCAAGGUGGGUGAAUGACGAUCACAUCCACCCAAACUGUGUAAUUAAGAAAGUCACAUUCAACCAGUCAAGUGGUUCUAGCCUUCCACAUCUGUGCUUAUUUGCAUUAGUGGAUAUUAGACCUGGUGCUGAAUUGAGAUACGAUUAUGGCGUUGACAACUUACCAUGGCGACAGGAGGAUGCUGCCAGACAGAGGGAACGUGAGACGGCAGAGCAAUUGGUGAAUACAGCAGAACGGAAACGUUUGAGAGAGGAGGCUGAGUGGGAGGCUGAGUGGGAGGCCGAGAAACGAAAGAGGGAAGAACGAGUUAGACAAGAAGAGGAGGAACAGAGGAGGACGGAGGAAGAAGAAGAAAGGAUUAGGGAUUUGAAAAUUCAGUCACAGUCAGGCAGUUCAUAUACACCGGAUAGUGAAGAAGAAAGUGAAGAAGAAUUCUUCCCAAGAAGUUUGAGAAACAAGGCUUCUAAUAGGGAAAUUAACUCCAACAGACAACAGAAAAAAGUGGCACCUGUGAUGGUUGAAAGUGACAGUGAGAUCAACUCCAAUGGAAAGAGGAAAUUGGUAGAAAGUGAAGGUGAUAUCAAGUCUAACCGAAAACUGGGAAAAAAAGCACCUGCGAUAGUAGAAAGUGACAGUGACAAAGAAGAUGAGCCAUAUGUGGCACCAGUGAUGGUUGAAAGUGACAGUGAGAUCAACUCCAAUGGAAAGAGGAAAUUGGUAGAAAGUGAUGGUGAUAUCAAGUCUAACCAAAAACUGGGAAAAAAAGCACCUGCGAUAGUAGAAAGUGACAGUGACAAAGAAGAUGAGCCAUAUGUGGCACCAGUGAUGGUUGAAAGUGACAGUGAGAUCAACUCCAAUGGAAAGAGGAAAUUGGUAGAAAGUGAUGGUGAUAUCAAGUCUAAUCGAAAACUGGGAAAAAAGGCACCUGCGAUAGUAGAAAGUGACAGUGACAAAGAAGAUGAGCCAUAUGUAGCUGCAUCAAAUACAAAACCCAACGGACCAAGGAAAUGGGAUUCAUAUUCAUACUGUCUAUAUUGCGGUAAGAAGCAGUCACAGCUUAAACGCCAUCUGUUACGAAAGCACACAGAUGAGUCAAUGGUUGCAGAAGCCCAGGCAACAGUUGAUGAUAACAGAAAAACGCAAAUAUGGUCAAAAAUAAAGAAAUUAGGGGACUUUGAGCACAAUCAAAAGGUACACAUUGGAGAAGCAAUGGAUUUAAAAGUAACAAAGAGGCCUAAAUAUAAAGCGAAAUAUGAUGUGAAUGAUUACGUCCCAUGCUCUUAUUGUUACGGAUAUUACCAUAUUCAUUCCCUGUACAUUCACAGAAAAAAUUGUAAAGCAAAAGAUGGAAGCAAGAACAAUGCAACAAACAAAAACAUGCAUGUGAAAAGUGGUAGAGCUCUUAUACCUAUGAAGCAUAGCACAACAAGUCAAUGUCGCAGAGCAGUUGAUUCAAUGGGUUGCAAUGAUAUAUCACUAAUAAUAAAAAAUGAUCAAGACAUCCUUGGUGUUGGACAGAAUCACUUAGGAAAAAGCAAUUCUGCUAAGAAGGAAGAAACAUGCAGAGAAAAAAUGAGGACAGUCGCAAAAGUUCUACAAGCAGCAAGAAGCAUUGACACAAGUAUUGUAAAUGCGUCAGACAUGCUUACUCCUAGCAAAUUUGAUACUGUAGUUAAGGCUUCUCUUGUUGUAAGCAAAUAUGAUGAAGGCACACAAAAACAUGGGGCAUACUCUACUGCUCUCAAGCUUGGACCAUUUCUUAAAGACCUGGUGGUGGUUGUCAGGGGCAAGUAUACCAGACAACAUAUGGAAGACCAUGUGAAGACGGUCAAUGAAUUUGAAAGGUUGCUUGUUGAUGAGUGGAACAUUCAUGUGACUUCCUCUGCACUGCAGCAGCGCACCGAGAAGAAUUGGAAAAACCCUAGGACACUGCCUCUCACACAAGAUGUUGUUCAAUUUAACAAGUAUCUUGCAGAAACAGAGAAAGAAAUAAAGACAGACAUAGAAGAAGCUGGCAUGUCACCAGAUCUAUACAGAGAUUUGGCCAAUGUAACUCUAGCGCAAAUUGUAACAUACAAUAGAAGACGACCUGGGGAAGUAGAAAGAAUGAAAGUAGAUGAAUACAGAGAGCAGAUCACCAAGACUGACAUAUGCCAUGAUGAAAUUUUCAAGACUCUCACAAUGUCAGAGAAGGCAGCAAUGAAUCGGCUGAAGAUGGUAAAGGUCAGAGGCAAGAGAGGAAGGGGAGUUCCAGUCUUUUUGACUGAAAACACAAAACAGAGUGUGGAUAUGAUAAUAGACUACCAUGACCAAAGGCAAAGAGAUGAUGAGCCACGCAGAUACAUAUUCUCUCGAGCAUGUGACACUGCUAGUACUCCGUACAGAGCCUGUGACGCAAUGAAAACACUUACUGAUAAGGCAGAUCUUAUGAAGCCAGAAAAUGUCAGGUGUACACGACUACGGAAACAUAUAGCAACUACGUCCCAGCUGCUGAACUUAAAUGAUCAUGAGUUAGAGCAGUUGGCCAAUAUGAUGGGUCAUGAUGUUCGUAUUCAUCGAGAAUAUUACAGACUUCCGCAAGAUGUCCUGCUGUUGGCAAAGGCUAGCAAACUACUCACAAUAUCUGCAAAAGGUGAAAUGCACAAAUAUGCUGGAAAGUCACUUGAGGAAAUUGAGCUGAGUCCAGACGACACUGUAGAUCUAGAUGAAACCGACCAAACAAUGUCGGGAGACACACAGACUGAAUAUAGUGAUGAAGAGACUGGACCUCGUGAUGUAGACAAGAGCCCUGGAGGAAGCGAUGCAGAAACAGUAGUUAGUGACAGUGAAGAGUCUGAAGUCUUUGAAGAGGUAAGCAGACGUACCCAAGCAAAAGUAAAGCGUGUAGGCAGAAAAUACAACAGGUGGACAGAUGAACAGACACAAUAUCUCAAAUCCAGGGAAGAAGUCAAGAAAAUGUUGAAGACUAAAACUGUGCCAGGAAAACUGGUUGGAUUACAAAUCAUACAAAAGAGUAAGGGACUGCUGAAAGACAAGAACUGGAAAGAAGUUAAAUUCAAAGUCCAUACUUUAAACCAACUUGAAAGGAAGAGGUUGCAGAAGAAGGAAAAGAUGUAUGUGAAAAAGUAAGCAGGGUGUUGUGGAUGGACCUCUCCUUUGACAGCUGAAUUAAUUGCGACAUACCUGCAUUUUGUACCAUUUUUUCUUUUUUUGUUUGUAUUGAAGUGUUACUACAAAAAUUUGAUAUAGGUUUUAGUUUAGGGAAAAGAGUUCAUAUUUUACCUAAAUUCAGUAUCAGUAUGGUACAUGCUGCAAAUCACAUCAUGGUUGAUUAUUACACAGAACACCUCUACACCAAGUGCAGUUGGUAGAUGCUUCCAAUAAUAUUGGAAUGAAUUUUGAAAUACUGGCCUUUCAGGUUAUCAAAUACCUUACCUAUGGUAUGUGUCAGUGUUGUCUCAAUACUCAAUUGCCCAUUUUCAUUUUUUUUUUAUCAGAAAGUAAGUGUUUCCUAUUAUUUUAAUUAAGUUUAAGAAAUCUGUACAGUAAAAGAAAUGUCCUGCAUUCAAAGCAUUUGGUGAUGGAUAUCCAAGAAUUGUUAUGUUGGUUUCGUUGAUUUGCGGAUGUAACACUGACACCUGAUGUUUCCAAAUCAACCAAAUGCUUCAUCUAUCAUGAGUCCCUGUGAUUUCACUUGAUACCAUUGGUUGACUGUCUCAUGUAAAUAUGUUGUACAAGUACAUCAAUUAAGGGUGGUGGAGGGAUAAUGUUUUAUCCAAUAUGUUUUAUCUCGUAACUCGUGAACAACUCUGAUGGGAAGUGCAUGAGUGUAUACAUUUUCUGACAGGAAAUUACACAAUAAAUCCAUUGGUGACUCCAUUUAAAUCACACAAAAAACCUGCUUUUUACCCAAUUUUUUGGACCACCAUUAUAAAGUAACUUUACAGGGAAAUUUUUUUUUUAAUGUAACAUUAAUCCAGGCACUUGAACCUCAUUUACUACUCUCAGUUGUUUCAAACUCGUACCUAUUGUCCAAAACAUUGACAAAUAUUUUUUUGAAAAUGUCAUUCCCAAGUUUGAGUUUAUGCAUCAUGGGUUAUGAAAACAAACUCAAGGACCUACUUUAAUACAAAAAAUUAAAACUAAAAUUUAGUUGCUACUGUAUAUUCUGCAUGAAAGUUUACCAAGGAGAUGCUUUAUUUUGGUGUCUGGAUUAGUUCCAAAAAAAAAAAAAGUGGAGAAAAUAAUACGACUGAAAUUGUUGAUUUUAUGCAAAAACAUUUAUUUUCAUCUAAUGGCAUCCAAUGGCAUCCAAUGGCAUGUUUCCAGUUUUGUAAUGAUUGCCAAUUGUGUUAAUUUCCACAGAUUUUAGAUUAAACAUCCACAUGGUAUAUAUUUCUGAAAAAUUUGAAACAUGUUUGCAUAAUGUUGCAUAUGAGUUACAGCGCUGUUAUUUUGCUCUCAAAUGACCCUUCAUUUGCUCAAAUCCCUCAUCCCACCUGUCACAUAUAUCACUAUGCAGAUCUUCAUGGUAAAUAUGGUAUGUUUUGUUUCAAACCUCAUUUUCAAAUGAUGAUAAUUGAUUACUCAACUGUGCAUAGAAUAAGUGAUUUUACUAAUAUGCAAACAUGUUUCAACUUUUUGAGAAAUGCGUCUGUAUAUCAAACAUCUGUACAAAUUCAAUUCAUAAAACCUUUAAACAUGGGUUGAAUUGAUAUUACACAUACUGUGUUUAUACUUUGCAUAUAGCACAUGAUGAUUUGUUGAUGUAAUUUGUUAUCCAGUCGAUGUAGAUUUGAGAAAAUUAUAAAUGCUUUAUUUGGGUGUCUGGAUUAGUUUUUAAAAAAGUGGAGAAAAUAAUGAUAAUUGACUGAAAUUGUUGAUUUUAUGUUCAAACAUUUAUUUUCAGUUAAUUUUCAAUCUCAUAUUUGAAAAAUCACAAAUAUUUUGUCUCCUGAUUUUAGGACAAGUUUGCUGACAAGAGGCCACGUCCAAUGGCAUGUUGUUUUCAGUUUUGUAAUGAUUGCCAAUUGUGCGUAUUUUUCCAAGUUAAUUUCCACAGAUUUCUGAGUAAACAUCCACAUGGUAUGUAUUUCUGAAAAAUUUGAAACAUGUUUGCAUAAUGUUGUAUAUGAGUUAAAGCGUUUUUUUUUUCUUCUCCCAAAUGACCCUUUAUUUGCUCAAAUCUCUCAUCCCACCUGUCACAUAUAUCACUAUGCAAAUCUUCAUGGUAAAUAUGUGUUUGUUUUUUCCAAACCUUCUCAUGUUUCAAGGAUGAUAAUUGAUUACUCUGCUGUGCAUGGAAUAAGUGAUUGUCACAAACGAGGCGUUGUAGAGAAGACUACAGAUUUUACUAAUAUGCAAACAUGUUUCAACUUUUUGAGAAAUGCGUCUGUAUAUCAAACAUCUGUACAAAUUCAAUUCAUAAAACCUUUAAACAUGGGUUGAAUUGAUAUUACACAUACUGUGUUUAUACUUUGCAUAUAGCACAUGAUGAUUUGUUGAUGUAAUUUGUUAUCCAGUCGAUGUAGAUUUGAGAAAAUUAUAAAUGCUUUAUUUGGGUGUCUGGAUUAGUUUUUAAAAAAGUGGAGAAAAUAAUGAUAAUUGACUGAAAUUGUUGAUUUUAUGUUCAAACAUUUAUUUUCAGUUAAUUUUCAAUCUCAUAUUUGAAAAAUCACAAAUAUUUUGUCUCCUGAUUUUAGGACAAGUUUGCUGACAAGAGGCCACGUCCAAUGGCAUGUUGUUUUCAGUUUUGUAAUGAUUGCCAAUUGUGCGUAUUUUUCCAAGUUAAUUUCCACAGAUUUCUGAGUAAACAUCCACAUGGUAUGUAUUUCUGAAAAAUUUGAAACAUGUUUGCAUAAUGUUGUAUAUGAGUUAAAGCGUUUUUUUUUUCUUCUCCCAAAUGACCCUUUAUUUGCUCAAAUCUCUCAUCCCACCUGUCACAUAUAUCACUAUGCAAAUCUUCAUGGUAAAUAUGUGUUUGUUUUUUCCAAACCUUCUCAUGUUUCAAGGAUGAUAAUUGAUUACUCUGCUGUGCAUGGAAUAAGUGAUUGUCACAAACGAGGCGUUGUAGAGAAGACUACAGCUUUUACUAAUAUGCAAAUAUGUUUCAACUUUCUGAGAAAUGCAUCUGUAUUUCAAAGUUUCCAAACUUACGUUGAGGAGUUUAUAUCAAACAUCUGUACAAAUUCAAUUCAUAAAACCUUUAAAAUGGGUUGAAUUGAUAUUACAUAUACUGUGUUUUUACUUUGCAUAUAGCACAUGAUGUGUUUCAAUGACUAUAUUCUUCUUGGCACAUACUGCAAUGAAGUCUUAAUUUGAACUGGAUUGACAGCAAGUUGUGUUGAGUUGCAGUGUAAAAAUUAUGGAUAGAUAGAUAAUGCAACUCUAUAAAGUAAGAGCAUGGAUGAAACCUUUUUAAGGUCAAAAGAUUUGCUUCACUGCCUGCAAUUUGUGUAUAGCUUGUGAUUUAAUCCAUUAUAAGAAUGAAGGUGAAAUUUGUGCAGUGCUUUUUUUAGAUUUCAAACAUUUUUUCAAAUUGUAUUUUUCUUUUUCAAGUUUGAUGGUUAAAAAGUUGACAAAUUGUAGCUUUUUUAGGAAAACAAUUGAGAUUGUAAACUGCCAGCACUGUCUCCACAGCUCUUAAUAGGGCUAUUGCAUUGGCUUCAACUUCAAGAAUGCUGAGAAGAUUUCCCUGUUAAGUGAAGUGCAUGUCUACCAGUUAUUUUGUUAUUUCACUGAUGUUGAACUCGCAAAAUAAAUGUUCAAUUGGCAUUUACAACAGAGAAUAA